AAGUGUGGUAGAGCAAUAGUUGUUGCUGUGUAACUGAGGUGUAAUAUUUGUCCUCAAAAACGAAAAAUCUAUACCUGUACAGAUUUUAAUAUUUGUGAGAUUAUGUUGUCGAUCAAGUUCUUGGGAGAGUUGUGGACUUUGUUGGCGAUUCAUGUGGUUUUUGUAACGUGUUUUUAUGAAGAGAAAGAGCAGACAAAGUAUACCAUGGCUAAACUGAAUAUUACGGUUUUGAACGAGAAGGGGAAGCGCUUUAUUGCUCUUUCUGAAGAUGGGAAUUUCGGUGUUCAUAGUCCCAUGGAUCAUACUGUUGGUUGGUUGUAUAAACUCAGUAAUUCUAACAAGCAUGGAUGCAAUUUUUUUAACAUAAAAGUCAUCAAACCAUGGAUUGCUCUCGUUCGAAGAGGAUCGUGUCGAUUCGACGAUAAGAUCCGAAACGCCGAAAAACACAACGCAAGUGCCAUUAUAAUCUACGACAACGAAGAUUCCGAAUUGCCAGUUAUGAACAAUUUUGAUUCUCGGGCUAUUGAAUCUGUUAGUAUUAAGAAGAAUUUGGGUGAAAGCUUAGUUAAAAUGAUUGAAAACAACAAAACAAUAUUUGUGGAAAUAAGUAAGGGACCUUAUGAAACAAAAUGGCAAGUUAAUCCUACAUCGGUUCUAUUUGUCUCUGUUUCAUUUAUUGUUCUUAUGGUUAUUUCCUUGGCUUGGCUUGUCUUUUAUUACGUACAGAGAUUUCGUUAUGUCCACGCUCGCGAUAAAACCGAGAAGCGUCUGACAUCUGCAGCUAAGAAGGCUAUUGCUAAGUUAUCAACUCGAACUGUCAGUAAGAAGGAUGAGGAAGAAGAAAUGGAUGGAUGUCCUGUUUGUUUAGAUAGCUACAAAGGUGGAGAUACAAUAAGAAUAUUACCUUGUCAGCAUGAGUUCCAUAAAAUAUGCAUUGAUCCUUGGCUUGUCGAACACAGAACUUGUCCAAUGUGUAAACUUAACAUCUUGAGAGAGCUUGAAGUGCCAAGUCCACCAAAUCCAAGGAUUACUGUGGAAACUGAAGGAACCACUACAAUAGAACCUGAACCUGAAGAUCAUCAGAAUGCAGCUGAUAACCCAGUUGUGUUCAUUGGUGAUAUAGAAGGUACUCCACUAGAUAUACAACAGAGAAGACAAAGCACUGAUGGUGAAAGCUCAGGGAGUGCUGAUUCUGCUGCUAGGAUUCUUCAAGUAAAUGCAGAUGUUAAUUGGGAACGAGAUGAACGUGAUAACUCUACAUCAAACUUGAUUGGAUCUUCAGUGAAUACUUAAUAAUGUUAAUCUUAUCAUUCCAGCUGGUCUAAAUUGGUAAUGUAAUAUGCUUUUCGCAGUAUAUUCCUCAAGAUUGGUUGACCUUGGUAAACUGACAUUGAGUUGAGAGGACAUUGCACAAGUAUUAGGGAGGACCAAAACAAUCGAAGUAAUAAUACUAGGGCUGAGACUGGUUUCGAAAAUUCAAUAAUACAAUAAUGACAGCUGCCAAUGAUAUUAUUGGAUACUAUCAUUGAUGCAAAACCACUGUGCCAAUUGUCUGAACAGUGGCAGUAAUAAUAAGAAAGCCAGUUCUAAUAUCUAAUAAAAGAAUACCUGCAUUUCUAUUUUAAUCAUGUGAAACGUUGAAAAAAGUAUGAACCCUUCCCUGACUAGUCAAAGAGAGCUAUGCACUUUAUUAGUUUUUCUUUGCACUUGUAAGAAUAAUGUAAAGCCAAGACAAAAAAAAAAUUGUCCAAAAGGUUUUUGAUGAAAUAUAGCACAAGUUUGAUAUUAAUGUUAUUCUGUUUUGUACUUGAUAUUUACAAAUUAUUACCUACAAUUAACCAUAAGCAAAGGUAACAUAAGGGAAAAACAUAAGAAAGUCAUAUUAAUUUCAAAGCAGGAAAAAAAACUUAGUACAAAAGUACUGUGGCUUAUUAAACAUGUUUCCUAUCUCUGCAAUAGUCAUAAUUAUUAUGAACAUAAGACUGAAAAAUACUGUUUACUAACAGUAACUGUGCAUUUCUUCAGAAAGCCACUCUGAAAUCUUUAUUUUCAUUGAUUAUACAGGAAACAUAUUUUAUUGCCAUCAGGGUGCACUUUGAAAGCAAAUAUAGACAGUUUAAUUUUUGUAGCAAAAGCUUUACACACCUUGCACUUAAAAAAGACAUUUGCACUUAAAAAAGACAUUGAAAUUGCCAGAUUUCAAAAUGUUAUGGACUAGGAAUACAAAUAUUUUAGUAUCUAAGACCACAUCUAGUUUCACCAAAUUUUGUAUUGGUGUAUUGGGUUGUUGAAUUAAAUACAGAUGGAGUAUA